GCUCCUCAAGUAGUGCGUGCGAGAUAUUGGGACCAGUGUUGAAUGCUCCUUUUUGCAUUCUUUGUUGUUUUUUCUUUUUUUCUUGGUAGAUUUACAAAACUACCUUCGUCUUGUACAUUUUGUCUGGAACUUUUGACCUAAUUUCCAGCCGCCUCUUGUUUCUUUCAUCGAUUUUAUUUGCAUUUCACACUUUUUUCGGGAAGAAUUAAUCGGAGGGAGGGAGAAGAAUGGAAGGGAGCAAAGGCGAAGCGGUGUACGAUUCAAUGAAUUUGAAUCCUCACCUUUUCAUCAAUGCAGCACUCAACUUCGUCCAAGACGUUGUCGACGAAGCUUUCCACUUCUAUACCCUUGAAGCAUCCAAUCUCCUGAAAAUCGAUGAACGAACUGAUAACAACAGGUCACGGGAGUUAUCGAAAGGUAUUGAUCGUGUUCGUGAUAUGAUUCAAUCGGUUCUCGACAACCGCUUGGAGAUGUGGGAACAUUACUGUCUUCGAUACACUUUUGCUGUUCCUCAAGAUUUUGUGCUGCUUCCGCCGACACAGAGUGAUGAUGACCGAAAUAUCCAGCCUUUGACAAACGACCAAGAGUUGGAUUCAGAACUGGAUUCCCUAAGGCGUAAGCUUCAUUUGGUAGGAAACAGGUCUGUUGAGCUUAACUCGGAGCUCCAGGCUUUGGAAAGAAAAUCUGCUUCAAAUGCAAGACUCGUUGAUGAAGCUUCAAAGCUUUAUGAUCAAUCAUCAGUGGACAUGUUCGAAGAAAUGACAAAAGUGGCAUCUGAACUUCGGACAGGGAUCAUUAACAGGCUGAAAGCAAGAAAUAUGAAUGCUGCUGCUGAAAGCGCCUUAGUAGAGACGCUAAAGAACAAUGUAAAAAACGAUUUCUCGGCUACGGCUCCCGAUGGAAAGAUUGAAGACCUCGACAAAUUUCUAGCCGAGCUAAGAAAGAUGUGAAAAAUGUUUUAACAAUUGCCUUUCAACUCUCCCGUUUUGUAAACCACUAGCUUGGCCUGGAGGACUUCGUUGUUUUUAGUUUACCUAAUGGCCACUUAAUGUUUGUUUUGUUAAAUACAAGAAAGAUCUACGCAUAUCUAGAUAUAAAGCUUGGAAGCAGAGCUCGUUUAUGCGAAUGAAAACCCAACUUUAAUUCA